AUGGGUUUGAUUUUUGUUUUAUGGUUUGAUUUUUGUGUUAUGGUUGCAUUGGUCUUGUGGAUAAUUUCUUACAUUGGUAGUUUCUUCAACUUCCUUACUUUGGUCUAUAUUGGGGUUCUUCUUAGUCUGUCGAUCCCUGUGCUUUAUGAGAAGUACCAGGAUCAAAUUGACAAGAAGCUGAUUGUAGCUCAUAAGAUCAUUCAAACGCAGUUCAGGAAAAUUUAUGAUAAUAUCCUGAGAAAACUUCCACUACCUCUUAACAAGGAAACGAAAACUCAAUAGGCCAAGUGUAACUCCCCCCUCUCCCUCUCUGUUUGUGUGUAUACACUGUACACAGCAUGCAUGCUUGAUAAAAAUGCCCUUUUUAAUCCCUGUGCAUGCAAAUGACAAUGUUUUCAAUCUUGUUUUUAACCAUGUUUAAUUUAUAUUUUAUUAUCACAAUUAAUAAUUGCACUUCUUUAAACAAUUUAUGUAUAAGUACUGGUAGUGAAGUUGUACUUCCAAUAGAUUUAUCUAGAGUGACUGAAGUUUCAAUGGGCAAUUUUGCUAGUUAAUUGAGAGUUGGUAUCACGAGUACUACAGAAAAUUUGUCAACUUUUUUUGCUUUUUUGUUUUUUCCUUUUGGAUUUACGGUCAAAAUUUUUUUCCUUAUGCUUUAUCUCAGUUCAAGUUUUUUUACUGUUCUACAAUUUUGAUAUUUUUUUAUGUUGGUUUGUUUUCCUUAGAUGAUUUUGGGUUAUUUUGUGUUAACAUGAAUCAGAGUUGUUUAUGUUGAAAUAGAUUCUCUGCAUAUUAAACCAUGAAUAUCCAUCUACUUGUUUGCCUCUUGCCCCUUUAAAGAGAUGCUUCCUGCCUGCUUCAUUUGAGGCAUUGUUAUCUAGAAACAUCUUUGUGUUGAUGCUUCUUUUCUAAGACAUAAAGUUGCAAGUGUAAUUUAGUUUGUUAUAUGUUUACAUGUAUAUAUGUCCACAUGUUUAUGUGCUUAAUUGGUAUUCUCACUCUCGCAUUGAGUUAAUAGACGUAGAUAUUUUGAACAGAUUGAACUGCCAAAUCCAACUUUCUGCUGCAUGUGAUGAUGCUUGAGCUAUAAGUAAAAUUUCUGUUUUUUGGGAUUGCUAUAUACUGAGGUGGUUAUAAGAAAAGAUAGAAGUGAAAAUACAUUCAGUGCAAGUUACAAAUGGUACCAAUGAAAGAGAAGAUACAAGAAAAUAGAUUGAGGUACGAGGAACAUGCCGAAUAAUUCAAGGCUACGAGGAACCCUUGAAAUAGAUUAAUAUGCAUGGCAAAUAAUACUUAAAGAACUAUUUACUUGUGAUUACCUUGUAGAAUAAAAUUAAAAAGAGUUUUGAUUAUGUCAAUUUGUAGUGAGCAAUACUAUCAAGAUAAUCAAAGAAAUAGUUAUCUAUUCGAUGCAAUAAAAUUUGUAUUUGGACGAUCAAAAAAAUUCAUCAAACUUUAGACCUUAUUGUCUUUUUAGUAUGAAAUUUUUAAGAGUAACAAUUUUAAUAAAAGGAAAAAUAUCAUCUGCAACUUCCUACCUUACAAAAUAGGGAAAUAGGGAAAAAAUCAUAUGCAGCUUUAGUAAUGAGUAUAUGUUUGGUUAUUUAUGUUGAAGACAUCAUAAAUAAGUGGAGAUAUUUGGUCAAUUAUUUGCUCAUGUCUUGUAUCAUUCUUCUCAUAAAUUUUGCCAAAUAUAGUGCAAAAGUCUCAUCUACCACUUGAAAAACAAUACAAGGAGAUUGAUGCUCCAUUAUUAAAACAAAAAUGAUAUUAAAAGCAAAAUUGAUGAAAUAAUGUUAUUUUUAUAAUAUUCACUAAAGUGAUAGACAUUUUAAUUUUUAUUAAAUAAUAUAAAUAAGUUACAUCAUUAUGUGUGAAUUUUUUUUAUAAAUUUUGUUGGUAGUUUCUUUAUAAUCCUACUUCACCCAAAUUGUCAUAUUUUAUGGCCAUCCUCAAAAGUCCUAGUUAAUCUUUGCUUGACUUGUAGGGUUCAAAAGAUGGACAAGAGUUGGAUGAUGAUAAUUGAUAGGUUGAAAAGUAAAGAGUACCAACAAGGUGUUAAGUCAUUUAUUGACUUUGCUACGAAGGAUUUAGGCCCACACGAUGACAUUCGUUGUCCGUGUGUCGAUUGCUGGAAUGGCACAAAACAUAGUCGACAAGUUGUAUGGCUGCACUUGAUUCGAAGAGGAAUCGCGUGUUCUUAUAGAACUUGGGUGCACCACGGGGAACAUGUUCCAUUGCGUCAUGCCUAGUGUGUCGAAUGAUGCUGGUGAAAGAGAUGGAGCUGCAAUUUUUGACAUUGACGAUAAUUUGGGUGUCGCCUAUUAUAUUGGAAGAGAUUUACAUGAGUGGCUUCAGGGAUGAUCAUAUCGACGAAGAACCUAAUAGCUAGGAGAGAGAAAAUUUAGUAAAGUUCAUUAGGUUGUUUGAUGAUGCUUGGCACAAAGUGUACCCAGAGUGUGAAGUUUUCCGUGUUGUCUUUCGUUAUUAGGAUGCUUCAUAUCAAGGUGUACAACAAAUGGAGCAACAAAUCUUUCGAUAUGGUUAUGCAAGUUUUCAAAGACAUUCUCCCAAAGUGUGAUGAAACUGUACCAUGGACCCUUUAUAAAUCGAAAAAGUUCUUACGUGAAUUGGGUUUGGGAUAUGAGGCCAUUCAUGCAUGCAAGAAUGAUUGUAUUUUGUUUUGGAAAGACAACGCAAAACUGGAUAAUUGCCCUACAUGUAAGGAGUCUAGAUAUAAGUUCAACAAUGCGAGUGGUAAAAAGAUUCCUCACAAAAUAUUGAGGUACUUUCCUUUGACACCGAGAUUAAAGAGAUUGUACAUGUUGAAAAAAAUCACCGCAGAUAUGAGAUGGCACAAAGAGAAGCGUGUGGAUGAUGAAAUGUUAAGGCAUCCAGCUGAUGGUCAGGCAUGGAAAGACUUUGAUAUGCUCCUAUGUUUUCUGUGGAACCCCAGCAUGUAGGGUUAGGGCUUGCCACGGAUGGUUUCAAUCCGUUUGAAAAUAUGAGCACAUCGUAUAGCAUGUGGCCUGUACACUUAAUGCCUUACAAUCUUUCCCUGUGAAAGUGUAUGAAAGAGCCAUUUUUGAUAAUGUCAAUGCUUAUUCCUGGUCCAUCCGCCCUGGAAGAGACAUCGAUGUUUAAUUGCAACCAUUAGUGGAGGAAUUAAUGAAUUUAUGGAAGCAUGGUGUGCAAAGAUAUGAUGCCUCAAAUGGACAAAUUUUUAAAAUGCAUGCAGUAGUCAUGUGGACCAUCAAUGACUUCCCCGCAUAUGGUACCAUGUCUAGUUGGGCUACAAAAGAUUACUUGGUUUGCCCUAAUUGUAACAUGGAUGCAUCACCUCAGCGUCUGCGAAGUAAGAUAGGAUAUAUGGGUUCCCGCCGCCACUUGCCUGAGAACCAUAUUUGGCGAAGAAGUAAGCUCUUCAAUGGUCAAAAUGAGCAUCGGUCCAAACCUAUGGAGUUAUCGGGAGAACAAAUACUGCAGCAAAUUGAUGGCAAGCAUCCAAACAAUUGAAAAAGACAACGGUUAGAAAAUCCACCUUCCAAUUGGACAAAAAGAAGCAUUAUGUUCGACAUAUCCUAUUGAAAAACGCUAAAGCUUCGACACAACUUUGAUGUCAUGCACAUAGAGAAAAAUAUAUGUGAAAAUUUGGUUGGGACACUACUGAGCAUUGAUGGCAAGAACAAGGACACGGAUAAAGCAUGCUUGGAUCUGGAAGACAUGCGGAUGCGAAAGGAGUUACACUUGAAGAGGCGUUCCAAUGGCUCAUUCGAGAAGCCUCCGGCAUCGUACACACUGUCCCCGGUAGAGAGACAAGGUUUCUGUGAUUUCUUGAAAUCAAUUAAGUACACUGAUGGCUAUGCAGCAAAUAUAUCCAACUGUGUCACCACUCAUGGUGGAAAAUUAGCUAGUCUCAAAACUGAUGACUGUCAUGUCCUUCUACAACGACUACUUCCAAUUGGGAUGCGUGGAUACCUUUCCAAGGAGAUUGGGACCACACUUUUUGAGUUGGGAAAUUUUUUCAAACAGUUGUGCUUAAAGACAUUGAGGGUGACUGAUUUGGAGAAAAUGGAGGAACAAAUCAUACUUAUACUUUGUAAGCUUGAGAAGAUUUUUCCUCCUGCGUUUUUUGAUGUCAUGGUCCACUUGGCAAUUCAUUUGCCUCACGAGGCUAUGCUUGGAGGGCCUGUACAAUAUCGAUAGAUGUAUCCCAAUGAGAGGUAAUACCACGAGUUCCCGAACAUCCUUAUUUACAUAUAGUAGAUAAUGUAAACAUUAACAUUCAAAUCAUAUUGCCACGUAGGAUGCUCGGACUUAUUUGUUCGCAAUAAAGCUCGGUCAGAAGGUUCCAUUGCGGAGGCUUACAUUUCAAAAGAGUGUACAACGCUCUGUUCAAUGUAUUUAGGCGGCGUUGAAACGGUGUUUAAUCGAGAAGAACAGAACUAUAACGGGGGUGACAAUGGCCCGGGGUUGGCGGUUUUCACUCAAAAUGUUCGUCCAUUUGGUCUACUAACAAGGGAAACUAAUGUGUCUAUAGCCGACCGUGAAAGGGCUCACUGGUUUGUCCUACACAACAACUAAAAAGUGGAAGAAUAUCUAGAGCACAUGUCAAACCUGUGACGUACUAUAUGUGACCUAUAUGCUUUUUUUUAGUAAUCAUUCUUCAAAUUACUUAUGAAUUACAUUGUCCUACGUAGGGAACACAAGAUGUUGCAACAACAACAUGGAACUGCAUGCGAUAUUGCCAAGAUACAAUGCAAAGAAUUUCCUAAAUGGUUCAAAUAUCGCGUAUGCUAAAAUUCCUUAUAGUGUAGUUUACACAUCAAGUUAAGUUAUGUCAAAAAUAACAUGAAAGUUUUUUUUAAUGUAGAUGAACCAAUUGCGGCACAA